CUGAACAAUCAAGAUGGCACCUACGCCUGCAAAGAAAAAGUCUAACGAUAGCAUGAUGCAGAAAAGCCUCAUGAACUUUUUUGCGAAACCCGGCCUGUCAAGUUCAGUUGCAGCAGGAAAGAUUCAGAACGCGACCAGCGCGACGCCAGCGCGAGAAAGCUCCACUUUACCAGGGACUCAAACUUCCUCUGGGUCGACAAAGACUUCCUCGGCUGCUAAAACAAAACCAAAAUUUACCCCCAAGACACCAGACUCAAGACCAUCUUCCGAUAUCGAUAUCGAUGCAGAAAGCGGCAUGGAGACUCCACCGACCUCGGACCCCAUUCCUAUAGAUGUCGACAUGUUAUCAGAUGAUGAGGACGCGUCGGUCAAGAAGAGUGCUAAUACGCGCCUAACGAAGCGCAAGCUUAUUCUAGCCGACUCCGAUGAGGAGGACGAGGCUCUCUUAGGGAAGAGCACGACACAAGCUACAUACCGCACCUCAUCCCUCGAAUGUCAUGACAAGUCCUCUCCUUCACGCGGACACGCGAAGAAACCGCGUAUCGCGCCUACACCCUCGGUUCCCACUUCCGAUGAGGAAGACGACGAGAACGCAGACGUGCGCUCGCAAUUCUCAUCGCGCUUGACCAAGUUCCGCAAGUCGCCUGGUAAAUCAUCUAAGAAAAAAUCGAGAGCUUCCGAUGACGACGACUUUAUUGUCCCUGACUCUGAUUCAGAACCUGAGCGUUCAUCAUCACGCGCCUCUUCGCGUUCAAAGUCGUUUAAGUCUGCCGCCUCGGACGACCAGUCUGGUGAGGAGUCAGAUGUCCCCACAAAGAAAUACGCGAAGUCAAAGCGUCCGUCCCCGAAGAAUUCUGGGAAAGCUGGCGGUGAUAAAGGAAGCGUGAGUGGACUGGGAGGAAACGCUGCGUUUUUGACGAAGGCAGAGCGGCGCACACAAGAGAAGAAGACUGAGAAAAAAGCUACUGAGGAUCCGUUUUCAUUUUUAGUUGAUGUGCGAGAUAAAGAUGGUGUUCGCCCUGGCGAGCCUGGAUAUGACCCGCGCACGCUGUACAUCCCGAAGAAAUCAUGGACAGACUUUACGCCUUUUGAAACACAGUUUUGGGAGAUCAAGCAGGAUCACUUCGACACUGUUUUGUUUUUCCAGAAAGGAAAAUUCCUAGAGCUCUAUGAAGAUGAUGCACGGAUCGGGCACCGGGAGUUUGACUUGAAACUCACUCAGCGCGUGAAGAUGUCCAUGGUUGGUGUACCUGAAAUGAGCUUCAACUUUUGGGCUGCUAAAUUCCUCGGAAAGGGAUAUAAAGUCGGCCGUGUGGAUCAAGCAGAGACGGCACUUGGUGCUGAGAUGCGCCUUGCAAAGGACAAGGGUAAGAAGGGUGCUGGCGGAAAAGAUAAAGAGAAGAUCGUCCGUAGAGAGCUCAACAAAGUAUACACAAACGGCACGCUUGUGGACGAAGACCUCCUCACAGAUGAGCAAGCGGGGCAUUGUAUUUCCUUGCGCGAGUCUGCAGACGGGAAGGAUGGCAUGAGCAGCUUCGGAGUCUGCGUCCUGGAUAGUGCCACAAGCCAGUUUAGCCUAAGUGCAUUUGAGGAUGAUGUAUGCACAACGAAGUUGGAGACGAUGAUGAGGCAGCUGCGGCCAAAGGAAGUGAUCUUCACCAAGGGGAAUCUUUCUGUGCAAACGACGCGUCUACUGAAGUCCAUCCUCCCCGGAUCUUGUUUGUGGACCAGUCUCCGGGACGUCGAAGGAUUUACUUACCCGCAGACGAUCAACGAACUGAAUAGUAUGUUUUCUGAGGCUAAUACUGGAGGGGAAGAUACGAUGGAUGAGGACGCCGAGUUAUCGAGCGCUGUCCCACAGAGUAUUCGGGACAUGGCGAGUUACCGUGCCGCGAUGGAGGCUCUAGGCGCGCUGAUGUGGUAUCUCCGUCAGCUGAACAUCGACAAGGACCUGCUUACGAUGCGGAACUUUGAUGUCUAUGAUCCAAUGAAGAGAGGAACCAAUGUUGUGCUAGAUGGGCAGACGCUUGCCCACGUUGAGGUUCUACUCAAUAAUGAAGGUACAGAAGAUGGAUCGUUGCAUAAACUCCUGGGGAGAUGCAUCACGCCGUUUGGUAAACGACUGUUUAGGAUCUGGCUGUGCGUUCCUUUGCGGGAAGUUAAAGAUAUUAAUGCACGCUUGAAUGCUGUGGAGGACCUCAUCUCACACGCAACUUUUGAGCAAGAAUUUACCGAACUCGCAAAAGGACUCCCCGAUCUGGAGCGGAUCAUUUCCAGGAUUCACGCAAAUAACUGCAAGGUUAAAGAUUUUGUCAAAGUGCUGGCGGCCUUCAAGAAGCUUAGCCGCGGCCUUGCGAAGCUCGCCGACAGCUCUGAGUCAUUCGAUUCGAAGACGAUCCUCGGACUUUUGAGAUCAGCACCAGAUCUGACUCCCAAUCUGAAGAAUGUAGAAUCGCGGUUUACUAAGGAUAAAGAAACGGAUGAGCUGCUCCCUGUUGCAGGCAAGGAUGAGGUGUAUGAUGAAGUUAUGUGUGAAAUUGAGGAGCUUGAGAAGACGCUAGACGCGCAACUCAAGAAGUUUGAGAAAAAGCUUGGGCGCAAUCUUACGUGGUGGCACAGCGCUCAGGGGAACAAAGAGAUCUAUCUUGUCCAGACGAAGGCGAACGAGAAAGAAGUCCCUAAUGACUGGGUCAAAAGCAGCGGUACCAAGGCAGCUACCCGUUGGAUCGUGCCUUCCCUUCAACCGACAAUCCGAAGUCUCAAGGAAGCACGCGAGAACCGCUCAGCGGCGGUAAAGUCCUUCAGAGGACGUCUGUAUGCCGAAUUCGAUACCGACCGGGGCACAUGGCUCCGCGCCGUACGUGUCCUUGCCGAACUUGACUGCCUCUUCAGCCUCGCGAAGGCAUCUGUCGCGAUGGGCGAACCAAGCUGUCGGCCUGAGUUCGUGGAAGGCGAUGCUGCCUUUAUUGAGUUUGAAGAGCUGAGACAUCCAACACUAGCGAGCUUGCGGGAGGGCUUCGUUGCGAAUGAUGUCAAAUUGGGCGGCGAUCUCGGUAGGAUUGCGCUGUUGACAGGUCCGAACAUGGGUGGAAAAUCCACAGUCAUGCGCAUGACAGCCACAGGUGUCAUCAUGGCGCAGUUGGGCAUGCUCGUUCCCGCCAAGUCAGCUCGACUCUGUCCUAUAGAUGCUAUUCUCACGCGGAUGGGCGCUUAUGAUAACAUGUUUUCCCAUUCAAGCACGUUCAAAGUUGAACUAGAUGAGUGUUGCAAGAUCUUGCGGGAUGCUACACCUAAAUCGUUGGUAAUCCUCGAUGAAUUGGGAAGAGGUACCUCUACUUAUGACGGUAUGGCAAUCGCUGGAGCUGUCCUCCAUGAAAUCGCCACCCGCACCCUUCCGCUAGCAUUCUUUGCAACACAUUAUGGUUCACUCACCGAUGAUUUUGCCUAUCAUCCAAACAUCAGGAACAUGCACAUGUCUACCAUGCUUGACGACGAAAAACACGAGCUUGUCUUUCUGUACAAGUUGGUUGAUGGUGUUGCAUCUUCGUCCUUUGGCACACAUGUAGCCAAGCUCGCAGGCGUACCCGAGGAGGUGAUCAAACGCGCCGAAGUCGUUUCUCAGGAUUUCGCGAAACAAUUCAAAGCCAAGGUUGACGACCGAAAGAAAAAAUCGCUGGCAUCCAAGCUACCUUUGGUCGCUCAAGCAGACUUUACUUAUCUUUUAUCUCUUGCCAUGGGUAAUUUGAAGCUGCCAGACGAUCCGUUCAAGCAACGAGAACUGCUCAAUGGACUGAAGCAGGCCGUGCGUUCGUAUGUCAGUGUGUAGUUUGCGUUGUUCAUUGUUUUCGAUAUUUGCUUUCUUUAUGCCCCCACCACUCAAUAGCAUACACUGCUCGUACAUUACUUGACACCCAGCAUUUCACUUACCGACACUGUCAUUUCUCGUUAUGCAUUCACUGUAACGGACAUCGCUACAUGCAUAAUAUAAAUCAAUUUUUCGGUGCAUCGUAA